AAGAUAGUUUCAUUGGUGAAAACCAACCAAAGAAAGAAGAUAGUUUCACUGAUGAAAACCAACCCAAAAAAGAAGAUAGUUUCAUUGGUGAAAACCAACCAAAGAAAGAAGAUAGUUUCACUGGUGAAAACCAACCAAAGAAAGAAGAUAGUUUCACUGGUGAAAACCAACCAAAGAAAGAAGAUAGUUUCACUGGUGAAAACCAACCAAAGAAAGAUGAUAGUUUCACUGGUAAAAAUCGAUACAAUGAAAAAGAUAGUUUCACUGGUCAAAACAGACUCAAACUAGAGAAAUUUGUUGAUACUGGUCAAGACAAACCUGAGCAAGAGAAUUUUACAAAUACUGAUGAAGGCAAAUGCAGAAAAGAAAGUUUUAAUGGUGGUAAACAAGUAUUCACUGAAAAAGGUUUAAGUGAUACUUGUGACAUAAAACUUAAUAAAGAACAGAUCAAACUUUUUGAAAGUCCCAACAUGAAGAGUUUUUUCAUUAGAGAAAUGAUGGCACAUGAAUAUGAUCUAAUAUUUAAUAAAAACGAUCCAUCAAUUGAAAUUGAUGGAAUGUCUCAACAUGGUCAUGAAUCAGAUUCUGUCAUCAAAAAUCAGAAAAUGGCUGUUUGGUAUUCACCAAAUGGUGUCUGUGUUGUUUAUGUGAAGGGAGAUAUGUGGAAGAUGAAAGCUGAUGUGCUACUUUGUCCAGUCCAUGAUGCAACACAGAACCUUCAGGAACUCAUUCCAGCUGACUUUUUAAAAGGUGAAGAAUUUUCACAAUGUCAGAAAUGUGUGAGAAGCUUGGAUAAAAAGACAGUGGAAUUUGUUCAAGUGAAAAACCAGAGAUGCAAGUGUCUUGCAUUUACACUGAUUCCAAGACCACAAAACAAGAAAUGUAAAACUGUCAGCAUUGAUACAAUUAACCAGAUAUUCAAAGAAGUGAUGAACAAAAACUUUACAUCAAUUGCGCUUCCUACUAUUGUUGAUGUCCAGCUUGUCAUACAGUGUGUAAAAGAUCUGCUGUGUACGAAAUCAUCUCAGCAGAUUCUGAAAUAUAUAUAUAUUUUGUUGGAAAAUGACCAUGAAUUGCAAUAUCUGAAAUCUGUGAUGGACAAGAAAUGCAACAAUUGGGACAUGGCAGGUAUUCUUUAA